GUUGAUUCAACAAGGAGGAACUCACUACUGCAGUCUGAAACCAUGGCAGAGGAAGUAAGACACAUCUUUGGGAAUAGCACGUUUUUCAAUGGACUUCUACCUCUCAUGGGGCUUCUGUUCAGCGUCUGCACUGGUGUGUGGGCCAACAAGGUUGUGGUUCCUGAACAGGUGACUGCAGUGCUGGGGAAAAAUGUUACUUUGACCUGCAGGGUGGAGGUCAGCACAAACCUCAGCCUGACCCAGAGUUCCUGGGAACGCCGGCUGCCCUCCGGCACUGUCACUUUAGCCGUCUUCAACCCUCAGUACGGGACCUCCAUAGCUGACGAGUACAACAAACGUGUGCACUUCAUCAAGCCCUCAGUCCACGAUGUAUCCAUUGUCCUGCAAGGCGUGGGAUUUGCAGACAUUGGGUCCUACACUUGCAAAGUGGUCACCUUUCAACUUGGAAACAUGCAAGCAUCCACAACUGUGGACAUUAUGGUGGAGCCAAAGGUCUAUGUGUCUCCUGGCCCCUCAUCUCUGUUGGAUGGUCAUGGCGAAACUCUGGUGGCGACAUGUACAGCUGAAAGGGGUCGUCCAGCAGCAAAAGUCUUCUGGGAAUCAGACCUCCUGGGCCGGACGGUGAACAGCACACAUCUGGAGCCUGAAGGCACUACCACCACUUUAGUACAGUACUUCUGGGCCCCCACCCGGGAUGCAUUUGGCCGGUCCCUCAGCUGCAUUGUUCGUCAUCCGGCCCUAUCCAAGGAUUUCCGCAUUCCCUAUCGGCUCAAUGUGUCUUUUGCUCCAAAUGUUAUGGUGACGGCCCAGCAGGACGUGUGGUAUGUGGGACAAAAAAAUGUAAAGCUGGACUGUAGUGCCAGUGCCAACCCACCUGCUGUUUCGUACUUCUGGAGAAGACUGGACACUACAAUGCCUGCAGGUGUGGACAGAUCUAAUGGCAGCCUAGUGUUUACUCGUCCUUUAGAGCCGAGCGACUCUGGACAAUACAGGUGUGAAGUUGAGAACAAUGUUGGGCUCGGCUUUAAGGAUGUACACUUCAUGGUACAAGAGCCGCCACCGACCACUGCAGCCCCAACCACCACCAACACCAAGUCCAUCCUGCCUGACACCAGCUUAACCAUCACAGCUCCCAUCAACCAGCGUGCCCACUUCACCGCCCCAACUCAGGCCUCUCCGCCGGACAGCAGCCUGGGCACUAUUGUGGGCGGUGCUGUCGGUGGGAUCCUGAUCCUGGUGUUGCUUAUGGCUCUGGCAGGGGCUUUCUAUAUGCGCCAACGGCGAACAUUCAGAGGAGACUACUACACCAAACAGUACAUCGGCCCAUCCGACAUGCAGAAAGAGUCGCAACUAGACGUCCUUCAACCCCAUGAGCUUCAAGAUGUUUACGGAGACGACUCGGGCAACGGCAGCCAAGACUUGAAGCCCAAACCCGAAGGAGACAUUAUCUAUCCCGAUUAUCCUAAUGACCACAAAGACAUGGAUGGCUGGGAAGACAAUCUCAGCCUUCAGAGAGAGAGCACGUAUUACUCCGACCACCACAACCAUCAUAACGUGAACCCCAGUGGGCCACCGCUACACAACGGCUCCCCUUACCUGCAGGACGAGUGCUACGACAACGGCACAGACAGCGACUACGUGUCUCACGUGGAUGGAUCUGUGAUUUCACGCAGGGAGUGGUAUGUUUGAAAAGGCAGGGGAACUUUGACUGGACAGCUAUAAUUUAAAAUCAGCAAGAAAGUGUUAUUUAACUCAGCAGAGUGAGAUAAAGUGUACGUUAUAAAUGUAUUUUAUGUAUUCUUUACGGUUUACGAUUGCAUCCUCACGUUUUACACUUAGCAAACGGCUGUACUUUACUGCAGAGAUGUUCUGGAUGGUUUUCAUUCGGUGGACUGCUGCGACUUCAGGACGUAAAGGGAGAGGUUUACAUGGUUUAUGAUCAUAGGGUGGAUUUAUACAAAGAAAACAAGUCUGCUAAAAUUAAGCUACACUGUGCGUAACCAUUCCAGUUACCACAUUGCACAUGACUGUUAGCUUUAAAACCAGGUGCAGCGUAUUCUUGGUUCCUUCCUCUUCACUUUUUUUUUUUUUAUUAAGUAUAUACAUAUGACUUCUCCAGUGUAGGAGCAAAACAUCAAUUUACUUUCACAUGAAGAGUCACAUAAACUGAGUUUGAAAGUCUUGCAAGCAUUUUGAUUGCAGGGAUUUUGUUUUUUUCUUUUUUUAAUCAGUAUUUUGAUCUUGUUUUUUAGGAAAAAAUAUAAAUUUAUUAUAAUAUAUAUAGAUUGCAUUAUAAUAAAUAAUAUAAUUAUCUUCAAGAUAUUUUCUGAGAAGCAAAUUUUGCAUUUAAUUGCAUAAAGUACUUUGGUGUUCCAUGGAAGAUUUUUUUUUUUUUGGUAUUUAUUAUUAUUAUUAUUAUUAUUAUUAUAAACAUAAAAACAGUGCUUAUUAUUUUAAAAGAAAAAAUGCCAGUGAGGUAAGAAAAAUAAACAAUUAAAUAUGUAUUAUGCUGUUUACUUCUCUAACUAAAUUUAUUUAAUAUAUUUAAUAUAUAAAUAUUAUAUAUUAUCAAGAAACUGUAUCAUCUUUUAAUUUUUUAUAUAUUCAAAAUAAUUUACAUUUUCUUGAGAAGCAAAAAUUGUGUGAGAUUGCAUAAAAAAUAUUCAAAAAUGUACUUUUAGUAAAUUUAAAUUUAAUUUUAUUGUUUUUUUAGUAAGACAAGUUUUGUUUAAAACAAUAACAAAAUUGUCAGUGGAGUAAGAAAAAUAAAUUUACAUGAUAAUUAUUAAUCAUUAAAUAAUAAUAAUAAUAAUAAUAAUAUCUAUAUAAAUAUUUCUUGAACAAAUUGCAUAAAAUUGCAUAAAGAAUAUUUAAAAAAUUAUGUUUGGUGUUCCUUGGAAGACAGGUUUUGUAUUAUUAUUAUUAUUAUUAUUAUUAUUUUUAUUUAAAAGUAUUAAAUACAAUAAGCUGGGAAGUAAAAUUAGCACAGUACAUAUUGAAUUAAGUUUAUUUUUCUUACGCCACUGACCAUUUUUAACUUGUUUUUAAUAAAAAGAACAAUAAAAUUAAAUUUACUGAAAGUAGAUUUUAUUUAUAAUCUUAUAUAUACGAUCUCACACAAUUUCUUGCUCCUCAAGAAAAUAUAUAAAAAAUAUAUUUUAAAAAUAUAUAUCACAAUUUAAAAUAAGAUACAUUUAUUUAAGAUGCACUGUGGUAAUUAAUGUAUUUAAUACAUUUAAAUAAUUAUUAUUUUAAGUAUUUUUUUUUUAGGUUUAUGUUUAAAAACCAGCAUUAAGUUGAUUAAAAAAUAAACAUAAUUCAAGUAUAUUAUGCCAUUUUUCCCUCUUGGCUAAACUGAAUUAGUUUUAAAUAUGGGUAAAUAUUUUUUUCUGAAAAAAAGGACAAAAAUACUGAUUACCAAUUUUUUUUUUUUUUUUUUUUUCUUGAAAUACAGCUUGUUUCAUUUUUUUUCUCAACACAUGCAAUUUUAACCCAGCUGGUCUAUAUUUUGAUGUAUGUCAUCACACACCCCUCCCACAGCAGUGUCUUUUUCAUUAAUGCAUAAGUUAGAGAGCAAUAGAAGUAGUCCUGGAAGAACAGUUUUAUGUGGUUGCACUGAGGAGCCUAUUGCACUGUCAUAGGCUGAUGGGGGUUGACGCUUGCCACGACGGAUCAAAAGGACCACGUUCGGCCCCUGAGGUUUUACCGAAGCCAUGUGGCCUUUGCCAAUUUAGUUCCCUCCUUUUAAUUUUAUGCUGAUUUCUUUUUUUUUUCCUCUCCAUCUCUCCACCCUUGCUACUCAUACACUCCCGUCCCUGUGUCGAGAGCUUCGGAUUUCCCAGAAUAAACCGUCUGGCGCGCAGCAGACUUAUGCCGCAUGGGCUUCCUCUAGCAUGCCUCACCUCAAAGAUCGAAUCUUGUAAUUAAUAUUUUCUGCCCUCUUGCAAACAGACCUCGUUCCAUUCCGUCUCCGAGUUGUGCCGAGCAUCUGUUCGCAAGCACGCAAGGUUGUUUUUCUCCAUAGGUCUCGAUGGUCACGCGUUGCAUGCCUGUUGAAAAAGAUACGGCAGUUGCUAAUGCUUGGAUUCAUUGUUCAUAAAUCAGCGGCAGUGUUGCUACAGCUGUGGUACAGUCUGUUUUGAGUUUUCAAGACAAAAAUCUGUUUUUUUUUUACCUCAACAGAUUGGACUGCUUAACUGAUCUGCAGCUAUUUGUAUCGCUAAUUAUUAGAAAAAAGUCUUGAAUCAAGUUAAAAAAGACCAUAUAAUAAGAGUUUGCCUCAUUGUAAAAGAUUUUGGAGGACUAAACUCAAUGUUUUAUGUUCAUUGUUGCAUUAAAAAUACAACAUUUUCAAUGCAUAAAUCAAUAUAAAAUUGAGUUUUGACCUCCCAAAUCUUUUACAGUGUAUUUUCAGUAUUUUAAUUUUUUAUUUCUUCUCAUUUCACUCAGAAAGGUUCAAAAGACACAAAAAAACUUUCCUUUUUAUUUAUUAUUAUUAUUAUUAUUACUUAUUUUAUUUUUUCGGACUCUUGCAUGCAUGGUCAAUGUGACACAACUUCAUAAAGUUGUACAAAAUGGUUAUAAAAUACUACAUGUCUUCUUUUUUUAAUAAAUAUUUACAAGCAUAGUGCCUUUGGCCAUACAUUAAAGCAUCAGAUAUUUAUUCUUUCACCAUUCAGUGACACGCUUUUCUGUUCUGUAUUUCCAAAGUGUUAUUUGUGUUCCUGUUAUUAUUACUGUAUUUCUGGAUUUGCCUUUCUUUAACAAGACAACUCUUGUUGCAAGUUCAAAAGCGCCGGCAAUGGUGCAAACUCACUGGAAAUUUACAACGGUAGCACUUGCGAGUGUUACGGAGGCCAGUUGUGGUAUAUAUUAUUUUUUUGUACAUAUUCUGGCAGGAGAUAUUUGUCUAUGGAAUAAACAUAUUUUUAUAUGAGGCCAGAACAUUGAGCAGAGGAUGUUCACGCUUGGUUAACAUGUGCUUUUUAUCUUCUCAUGUUCAUUUUUUAUAUUUAGUUCUCAGGAGUUUGAAAGAUUAUUUUGUACAUAUUAGAGUUAUACAAAUGGUUGAUGACUUGUAAAUCAUUUUGGAAAUGAGGGACAGACGUUGCUUUGUU